AUGGACGGCCUGCCCAACGAGCUGCUCAAGUUGAUCGUGGACGAGGUGCCCGUGGGCGCAGAUCUGGGGACCGUCCAGGCCUUGAACAGCACCUUCUGCGCGCUCGCGACCCCUCGCGUCUUCCAAACGUUCCAAGUCUCAAAUACCCUCGCGCGCACGCAGGCGUUCGAAAACAUCCUGCUCGGCUCGGCCGUGAUCCCCCAUAUCCAGGAAAUCGUCUUCCGCGACAUCUUUUCAGAUGCAGACGGCAACACAAUGCAGGACUGGCCGAGCGUCGAGAUGGAGACUGUCUGCUACGACCGGGAGAUCCGCCUGUCGCUCUUCUUCUGCUUCUCGCUUCUCCACACGCUCCCGGCGCUCAAGACUUUGUCCCUCUUCUUCCUCCCGUACUUCGGGGAAGAGCUCUACGAGGAGGACGACCAGCCCUCCGCCGCCUUCCGCUUCCAGCUCGCCGUCCUCGACGCGCUCACGUACUUCCCGCUCCUCUCGCCCACGUCCCUGACCAUCACCGGCUUCAUCGCGUACCACAACCCCAUCUUCGACACGCGCGGCUUCCGCGCGCUCUUCGAGGGCCUCACAUACCUGCGCGUCGCCGUCGUCUCCGACUGGACAUACCGCGGCGGGUACGCGCUCGACCACCUCGUCGAGUUCUGGGAAACCACCGUCCAGCAGCGCAUCCUCGAGCCCCGCCCCGCCCUCACGCAGUCCCUCACUGCGCUCACGCUCCACAGCGACCAGGCCGUCGGCGUCGUCCCCGCUCUCGACUGGUCCCACCUCGCCUUCCCGCGCCUCGCGCGCCUCACGCUCAUGAAGAUCGUCUUUGACGAGGACACCCGCAGCGCCGAAGAUUUCCUCCGCAAGUGCCGCAGCGUCGUGCACGAUCGGCGCGCGGGCCCCGCACACGUCUGGGCGCAGGUCUGGGGCCGCCUCGCGGCGGAGAUGCGCGUGCUCACGACGCUCGUCGUCGUGCACGCGGACCGGUGGGGCCACACGUCCUGGUACGUCGCGCUGGUCGAGGGCUGCGCGUACCUCUCGUUCCAGGAAGACCCGGUGCGCGACGAGCCCGACACCCGCGCGCUUGCGGCGCUGAACGCGCUGCUAGAGGAGAGGCGGGCGGCGGCGGCGGGCGUGGACAAGUCGGCUUGGGGCGCGGUGGGAAGGGUGCGUGGCCACGCGGGGCGCUUGGGCGGCUACGACGAGGUCUGA